ACUCAAGUUGUCAUUUCGAGACGAUGUAAAGACGCCAUCAAUUUUUAUUCAAUAGAAAAAACGUCAUAUUUAUGUGAAUUAAAUAUAUAAUUAAAAGUUUAUAUUGAAAAUUAAAAGUAAUCAAUAGCAAAAAAAAAGUGCAUUCUCCAUUGCUUCCGGUAUUGAUAAUUUUGUUUUCGACAAGUGUGUGUGAAAAUUGACACGAAAAAUUUCAUUUUGUUAUGACGUCACGUCAUUUUAAACGUCUUUCUUUUUUCAUUAAAAAAAAGUUAACAAUUUUAUUGUUAUUAUAAUUGUUAAUUAUUGAAUGGUGAUUAUAAAUAAACAAUCGUGAAUUUGUGAUAAACUUUGUAGUGAAUGUGCAUGAUAUUUAUAUAUAAAUAAACAAAUAUUCUUUGCGAGCAGAAAUGUCGCUUUAAUAAUUGUCCAAAAGAAGAAAAAAUUGCAAUAAAAAUGCAAAGCUGCUCUAUUCGUGGUUGUCAGAGCUACAAAAGUAUUCAGUGGAAGCCAGUGGCUUAUUUCAAAUUCCCGUUUAACAACAAUGAAUUAAUGAACUCAUGGUUAUCACAAAUUGAUCAAAAAAAUUUUUCACCAACAAUUCAGGAUCAAAUAUGUAGUACACAUUUUUUAAUUGAAGACAUUGAACCAUCGUCAAUUGGUCGUUAUCCAAUAUUAAAACCCGAUGCUGUACCAAGUGUAUUUCCUGAUGAGGAACGAAAAAUUAAUGAACCAAUAGUAACAAUAAAAGAGAAAAAAACUUCUGAAAUAACAGAAAUUAAAAAUAUUAUUCAAUCACCAAAAUUUGAAACAAUUUUAAUACCCGAUUAUUCAAAUAAUAAACAAAUUCCAAUAUUACCAAAACCAACAAAUUUUCCUUCAAAUUUAAUGCAAAUUUCACCGGGUAAAUUAUUAACAUCAUCAAUUCAAUUACAAACACCAUCAAUACUUCCGGUUCAAACAACAACAACGACAACAACAACAAAUCCAGUUCAAAUUCAACGAAUACAAUUUCCCUCGCAAUUGGUAAAAGUUCAAACAUCACCGAUUCUUAAUAAAUUAACGCCAAUUCAACCAAAAUUAUCACCAAUUGUUGCAAAAAAAUCAACAUCAUCAUCGAAACAAAUUUCAAAAAAAUCAUCGACAACAAAUGGAAAAAUUAUGGCAACUAAACAAAUUUCACAAUUACAAGAGAUACUUGAGAAUAAAAAAAAUUUACAAACAAAAUCAAAUUUAAAUCAACAGCAAAAAAAUGAUACAACAACAACAACGACGACGACGAUAACAGCAACAAAAUCGAAUUCACCAUCAGUCGAUGCAAGGCGACCAAUUUUGAAAAUUUCGAUAAAUAAAUUAAAUGACGAGCCUGUUGGUAAAAAAGAGGAAGCAAAAAAAGUAAUUAAACAAAAAGCAGAGGAGGUUUUAGUAAAAAGUUUAAAUAAAUCCGUAAUAUUUCGUUUAAAUCCAUCGGGUGAAAUUGUCGUUGAAACGAUAGAGAAUAAAAAAAAAUCAACGCCAAAAUCAAAAACAAAACCAAAAUUAAUAAAAACAAAUUCAACAUUGGAUACAAUUUCAAGUCAAGUGACAAGUCCAAUUGUUGAGAGGGAAAAAUCAACUAGAAAAAGCCUCGAUCCAAAAUUAACGAAUCUCAAGACCCUUUACAACAAAGCACAAGAGGAUUGUGAGAAAUUAAGUAAAAAAUUAGCAACACUUAAAAAACGUCAUCAAGAGGAACAGGAGCAAAUACUCAAACUUCAAGGUUUAAUGACAAUGCCAAAAAAAAUAGAAACAACAUUUAAUGACGAUUCAAAAAUAAAGAAUUCAAUAUCAACGAAAAAACGAAAACUCAUUAAUACAGAAGACACAAAUGAAGAUGAAUAUGAAAAAUUAUUACGCGAAGUGAGAAAAAUGAAAACUGAACAUAAUAAUAAAAAAGCAACUGUGACAAAAAUUAUUACUAAAGAUAAUGUUAAUGUAAAAGCCGAACAAUUAUCAUUUGAUUAUCAACCAGAGGUAAAUAAUAAAGUGAAAGAAAUUGAGAAAUCAAUUAUUGUCACACAAGAUGAGACAAUAAAUACAACAAUGAGUAAUCGCGAACAUCAAAAGAAAUUACAGAAAAAAGUCACAUUUAUGAAACAAGCAUUACAACAGGAGCAGAAAUUUAUUUCAAUUCCAAAUGUAAUGAAAAAAAAUAAAAAUAUUCAUAAUUUGGAAAAUGAAGGAAAAACGAAGAAAGAAGAGAAAAAAACUGAAAUAUUGAGAAAAAAUGAUGAGAUUGUUGGUGUUAUUGAUGAUGAGGAGGUUGAAUUUGAUUCGGAUGAUGAAAUGAAUUUUGAAGUGGAAUAUUUGGAUCCAGAAUUUGUAGAUUGUUAGAGAAAAAAAAGAAAAAAAAACAAUUUUUUUUUUUUAUAUAGAGUAAAACCUAUUUUUUUCACAAGAAAAAGUUUUUUAUAGAAAAAAAAAGAAUUUUUUCUGGAAAGAAGGUUUUUUUUAACAAAAAAAAUCAUUUUUAUAAAAAAGAUAAUAGAAAAAUAUUUUUAAAAAAUUUUUCUAAAAAAAAAUAAUUUUUAUAAAAAUGAUUUUUUUCGAUAAGGAAGAACAUUUUUUUGUUUUGUUUUUUUUGCAAAGAAAAGAAACCUAUUAAAAGUUACUGAAAAGGAACAUAUUUUUUUUUUAAAUAAUGAAACGGUUGUAAAUAAUCAUUAUUCUUUUGUUUUCUUCGUAUUUGAAAAAAUAAUGUUAAAAAUGCAAUUUAAAGAAUUUUCUAAUUUAAUUUCAUCAUUUAUAUUUAAGAAUAGUUUUGUGCUUUUUUUUUAGUCUAUCUAACGAUUUGUAAAGAGUUACAAAUUACUGUACUAGUUAUUAAGGUUUGCAGUCAAAGUUUGUAGAAGUUUCAUUUUUAUUCACACAAGCUCAAUAAAUAAAAACAGU